AUGACCGACGCCGACGACGAUCCAUCCAGUCCCAGGCUGCCCGACAUGCGUCGCAGACACUCGACGCACACUGUCGACGAGAACCCAACUGCCGAAGACGCGUCGUCCGCCAGCAGUAAUGCCGCUGGCACCGGCAUGCACAACCUCGACAGAGCUGGACGCAGAGUCUUCACGGAUCCCGUUGUUGCGCACCACCAUCAGCCUGCUUCUACCUCCUCUGCCGUUGACAGCGCCGACCUGCCGACCUCACCGACGAAUGCUCCAGCCGAGCGCGCACCGAGAGUCCGCUUCUCGACCGACCUCGAGCGCACCGCGAUUCCUGGUGACAUAGGCUCCGCUAGCAAUGGCAAUGGCAGACUUCCGCCCGCAGCGCUGCCGGGCAGAGCGAUGGGGCAGCUGGAGAGACCGGGCACACCCAAUCUUUCAGUGAACACUGCGUCCGCGAAUGCGGACCCCAGCGAGGAAGCUCCGGUUUCCAGCUCUUCCACAAGCCCGCAAACUGCUCGUUCGAGGGCAUCGCCGCUUUCACCGGCCGGACGCAACCGAGGAUACUCUCUUCGAAGCUCGCUGUUUCGCCGCAAUGUGGAGAAUCCGACUGCGUCGCCGGGGAGUAUCAUAGAGUUGCAGGAUGCGGGGGCUUCGUCCAGUCAGGUGCCGCCAACGCCGGCCGCAUCCGGUCAGCCGAAGAAAACGUCCGUCGAUGGCCCUAGUGUCAGUGUCGAACAAUCCGAAGUGUCGCCUCCUCGUGACCCUGCUGAGCCGCAGAAGAGACCAGACGAGAAGACGGCGCUGAGAGGCAUUUCCGCGCUGCCGAACUACCAGUCUUGGAUCAACGAGAAAGAUAGUCGGAAGAGCGUCGUGAAGACAGUCAAGGAAAAUGCCGAAAAGUUACGGAAAUUCGUCCUGCGCAUUCAAGAGAUCCCCCCUAGCAAAGACGGCAGGCAUAUCGACCUGGAUGCAUCGCGGAAAAAUACGUUGAUUGACGAAAGGACCGGGAAGCCUUACGUUCCCAACACCAUUCGCUCGAGUCGUUACAACGUCUGGAACUUUCUCCCUCGCCAACUCAUCGCGCAGUUUUCAAAGCUAGCAAACUUCUACUUUUUGUGCGUUUCCAUUUUACAGAUGAUACCCGGCCUCAGUACCACCGGCCAGUUCACGACCAUCGUCCCUCUACUUUUCUUUGUUUCGCUUUCGAUUGGAAAAGAAGGCUAUGAUGAUCUCCGAAGAUACCGCCUUGAUAAAGCCGAGAACAAUCGAGAAUGCAAAGUACUACACGCGUAUAGACCUGUCGAUAAAGAAGCAUCGGGGACUGAUCCUGAGAACGAUCCGAAAACACCAUCUCUUGGGCCAACCCAUUGGGCAACGACAAAAUGGAAAGACCUCAAGGUUGGCGAUGUUGUCAAGCUUGAACGCGAUGACGCUGCUCCUGCGGAUCUGGUCCUUCUCCAUUCAACAGGCGCUAAUGGCAUUGCCUAUGUUGAAACCAUGGCGCUGGACGGCGAGACAAAUCUGAAGAGCAAGCAGACAGCAACUUUGCUUGCAAAGACGUGUGACACAGAUGACAAAGUUGCCUCGUGCCGGGCACAUUUUGUUGUAGAGGACCCCAACAUCGAUUUGUACAACUUCGAGGGUCGAGUUACGUACAACGGCGAGACAGCGCCUUUGACUAAUGCUGAGAUCAUGUACCGUGGCAGUAUCCUGAGGAACACUCCUGAAGCUGUCGGCAUGGUCAUCUACUCUGGCGAAGACUGCAAGAUCCGCAUGAACGCUAACAAGAAUCCGAGAAUCAAGGCCCCGGCUCUACAGACUCUGGUCAACAGGAUCGUAAUCAUCAUCGUCAUCUUUGUUAUCCUCUUGGCCAUCUUCAAUACCGUUGCUUAUCAAAUCUGGUCAGCCAACAAGGAAGGUGACGCAUGGUAUCUGACAGAUGCAAGUGUUGCCUUUUUCCCGAUUUUGGCCUCCUACAUCAUCAUGUUCAACACCAUGAUCCCCCUCUCCCUCUACGUCAGUUUGGAAAUCGUCAAGGUCUGGCAGAUGUGGAUGUUGAACGACAUCGAUAUGUACCACAAGGAAAGCAACACGCCUUUCGAACCUCGCACAUCCACGAUUAAUGAGGAACUGGGUCAAGUGAGCUAUAUUUUCUCGGAUAAAACGGGCACGCUUACGGAUAACUUGAUGAAAUUCCGUAAGAUGUCGGUUGCCGGAACUGCAUGGCUACACAAUUACGAUCUGGAACCGACUGAGAGCACACUUGUCAGGCGCCCAACGCAUAAGAAAAAGAACAAAGGCAAGAAGCCGUUGAGAAAGAGCCUGGCGUCUGUUAAGCACGCCAUGAAGCCUGAUCACCAGGAUGGUUUCGAAAACCUUGGAAGCGAGGAGGGUGCCGCAGCGACCGCUGAGGCUCAGGAGGAGAGUCAAUGGACUUCUUCCGCUCGUCCUUCCAAGCCCCAAUCGGAACUGUCGACAUCGGAUAUGAUCAAGUAUAUUCAGCGCAGGCCGUACACCGUAUUUGCGAAGAAGGCCCGGAUGUUCUUGCUCUCGAUCGCUUUGUGCCAUACUUGUCUUCCGGAAAAGCGUAAAGAUGGGUCUAUUGAUUUCCAGGCUUCUUCCCCAGAUGAAUUAGCCCUUGUCAAAGCUGCCCAUGAGCUUGGUUUCAUGCUCAUCGAUCGCGACGUGGGGACCAUUACGUUGAAGAGCUUCCCUUCUGCUGACGGUGAACCUGUGGUUGAAGUCUUUGAAGUCCUCGAUGUUAUCGAGUUUUCCAGCAAGCGCAAGAGGAUGUCCGCGAUUGUACGCUUCCCUGACAAUCGCAUCUGCCUAUUGUGCAAGGGUGCCGACUCGAUCAUCAUGCAACGCCUCAAGAAUGCUGCACUUGCUCAUCAAAAGGUGGUCGAGAUCGAACGGAGGGCGAACAAACGUAAGAGUAUGGAGGCCCAGGUUGCGAUCGCCCGAAGGAGCGAGCAGAUUGAGCGCAGGAGCAUGAGCCGCCCAAGUAUGAGUCGCCCAAGCAUGAGCCGUCCAAGCAUGAGCCGCCCCAGCUUCAGCAUGGGCCGCAAGAGUAUCGGAGGGAUGAGCCGUCACAGCAUGGGAAGUAACAAGAUGCAGCCCAUCAGGGACGAACUAGACCAAUGGCUUACCGAGAGAGAAAGAGAGAUUGACGUGUCUUCCAUGGAAGAGCAAACCAUGUACUAUUCUCCUCGCCCGUCUGCGCAGUUCAAUGGACGCCAAUCGAUGGCUGCAUCCGAAGCGCGCAGUUCGAUGCAACUCGACGAUGAGGAGGAGCUUGUUGAAGAGGCUCUUGUUGUGGAUGAGCCAACGGUCUUCGAACGGUGCUUCCAACAUAUAAAUGACUUCUCAACGGAAGGUCUCCGCACACUUCUGUACGGCUUCCGCUUCCUUGACGAGCAGGAGUACCAGGCCUGGAAGAAGGUUUACCUUGACGCUACUACCAGCCUCGUUGACCGCCAGAACAUGAUUGAGCGGGCCGGUGAAAUGAUUGAACAGGACCUCGAUCUCGCAGGCGCAACUGCUAUCGAGGACAAGCUUCAGAAUGGCGUUCCCCAAACCAUCGACAAGCUCCGCCGGGCAAACAUCAAGAUGUGGAUGCUUACGGGUGACAAGCGCGAGACUGCCAUCAACAUCGGCCACUCUUGUCGCCUGAUCAAGGAUUACUCUACACUCACCAUUCUGGAUCAUGAAGACGGCACAGUCGAGCAGAGCAUCGCCACCGCGAUCGUGGAUAUCAGCGAAAACAAAGUUGCCCACUCGGUUGUUGUGGUUGAUGGCCAGACUCUUGCCAUGAUCGAAAACGAUCGCUCGGUGUAUUCGUUGUUUUUCGACCUCGCCGUGCUUGCGGACUCGGUUAUUUGCUGCCGUGCUAGUCCUAGCCAGAAAGCCGGCCUCGUCAACAUGGUGAGGAAGAAGGUCAAGAAGUCGAUCACUCUGGCUAUUGGCGAUGGUGCAAACGACAUCGCUAUGAUCCAAGAGGCGCACGUUGGUAUCGGUAUCACGGGUAAAGAAGGUCUGCAGGCUGCAAGAGUGUCGGACUACUCAAUGGCCCAGUUCAGAUUCCUGACCAAGCUGCUGCUCGUACACGGACGGUGGAACUAUAUCCGCACCUGUAAAUAUACCGUCGCGACGUUCUGGAAAGAGUUUCUGUUCUACCUCACCCAGGCGUUGUAUCAGAGGUGGGUUGGAUACACCGGUACCAGUUUGUACGAGUCGUGGAGCUUGAGUAUGUUCAACACGCUUUUCACUUCUCUCCCGGUCAUCAUCCUCGGCAUCUUCGACAAAGAUCUCUCCGCCGCCACGCUCAUCGCCGUGCCCGAACUCUACACCAAGGGCCAGCGCAACGGCGGCUUCAACUUCAAGAUCUACCUCGGGUGGAUGUUCAUGGCGUCGUGCGAGAUGGUCAUCAUCUUCUUCUGCAUGUUGGGCCUGUACGCGCAAGCCAUCUUCACCAACGACCAGAGCAUCUACGCGCUCGGCACGCUGACCUACACCUCGGUCGUCAUCCUGAUCUCGUUCAAGCUGCAAGGGCUGGAGAUGCACUCCAAGACGGCGACGGCGGCCUUUUCGUUCAUCUGCUCGGUCGGCGGCUGGUUCCUGUGGUGCAUCAUCCUCGCGUCGACGUACAAGAACACCAGCAUCUACUACGUCAAGGACGGACUUUGGGACUCCAAGCGCUUCGGCAGGAACGCCCUCUGGUGGCUCACGCUCAUCAUGAUCCUGGCGUGCGUCGUGAUCUUCGAGAUCGGCGUCAAGACGGCCAGAGCGGCCUUUUGGACCACGGAUGUGGACCGCUUCCAGGAGCUCGAGAAGGAUCCGGCCAUCAAGACGCGCUUCGAAGACGCGGCGACGCUGGAGCUGGCGCAGGGGUGGGAGAGGUUCGGCAAGGAAGGUGAGGCGGUGCCUGAGCGGAAGAGGAAGAAGAAGAGGUUUUCGUCGUCGAAGAAGGGGAGGAAGUGGGAUUGGUUCGGGUUGGUGGAGAGGGAUGAUGAUGAGAGUGAUGUGGAAGAGGCGGAGUUGGAGGUCGUGUCGUCACUGACGGCACAGGAGGCGAAUAGGAUCAGGAAGAUGCGAACGGUGGAGGAAGAAGAGAGAAGGGAGGGCGAGGUGAGAGAUUUGUUGCGGAAUCGCCCGGAUGAGUUGGAGGGGCAGGAGGGGAGUGAGAGGGAACAGGUGGAUCUGGAGCAGGGAAGGAAGAAGCCGAGGGCUAGCUUGGAGAUUCAUGAGAUGCUUGCGAGAGGAUUCGGAGGUGUGAAGAGGAGUGAGACGUUGAAGUAA